UUCUUUCCAGAAAAAUUUUACACUAUGGUUCGAGCCAACAACAACGCUACUCAAAAGCAGCAUCGAUGCCCUAUCUGCAAGCAGAACCACCGUUUGCAAUUCUGCCGCCAGCUUCGUCGAAUGGAGCCCGAGGAGAGACUGCGUGCUGUCCUCCUGUGUCGCCACUGUGCUAACUGCCUGUCGUCACGUCAUAUGGCCAGUAGCUGUCCGUCAACGCGCAACUGCGACCGCUGCCGAGAACGGCACCACAGUCUGCUCCAUCUGUGGGAAACUCCCAGACGUGAGGAAGACGUGCCACUCGACCUCAACGUGACGGACGGUCGGCGAAGACGGCAACCCCGCCCAUACCGUGCUCGGGCAUUGACGGAGUCCAGUGAGGAGGUACUGGAAAUAGAUGUCAGCGAUGAAGACAUCCAGCAAGUGCAUGAAGGUUCGCCUGACACGAUCGAGCCACCGGUACUCAGACCACCUCUGUCGGGUAUGCGAUCGGCGAUACAGCACCCCGCCAGGUCAACGGAAAAAAGGCAUCGACAGUCUCGACAGCGAAGACGUAAUCCGCAACCGCGGCAUCGCCGGGGUAUGAGAGACGCCCGAGAGCGAAUUCGUGGAUCCGUCCGACGUGCUCAGGGCUCAUCUGUCCUCAUUCCUACGGUGCUGCUAAGAGUGAUGUCCAGGGGAAGAAGCCAGUCUGUUCGGGCCAUCGUCGACCCAGGGCAACCUGAAUCGACAAUCGCGAGAGCCCUCGCGCGGAGGUUGCACGCAUUACCACGCUGCGGAAGUGACCAUUGCACUUUAACCCUGAAAGGGUGGAAUGAGAGGUUAGAGAUCCGGGCAAGGGUAUUACCGAGCCUGACGCGAACCGCCCCAGAGCGCACAGUCGACGCGCGUGUGGCGGGCGAAUUCGACAAUCUGCGCUUAGCCGAUCCAGCCUUUUACCGCUCGAGUGCGAUAUCAAUGGUAUUGGGAGCCGACGCAUAUGCGGUAAGUUUGCGUCCGGGUUUGAUGCCCGCGACACCCACUAGACCAGCCGCGCAGAAUACGAUAUUCGGAUGGGUCAUAUCAGGAGCAACCCCCUAUGGCUGGAGCUGAAGAAGAGACCGACUAGUUAGCAUUUAAACAAAAAUAAAUUUAUUGAAUUUUAAGAUGUCAUUUGAAUUUUUGAAUUUUGGAUUAGUGAAUUAGUUUAUUUUAUAUUGCAGCGAUCCUGCAAGGCGGGCGGCAUGUUUAGGCCUGCAUUUUAGGGUUAAGUUUAGCAUACAAACCUCACCGAGAGAUGUCGCUGCUAAUCACUCGCUGACAGGACUCGUUACGUUAUCUCCCUUUUGGCACGAGUCCUGUUAGUCAAUCCCAUUGGCAGAUUCCACCUUCCGUGGAAUCUAUAAAUGCGGCAAGUCACUAUAGUCUCCCUCUUUUUUCUGAUUCGACAGCCAGCGACAACUCAGGUGAGUGAAUUCGUUCCUAUAUAUUUAUAGUAAUAUACUUAUAUAAAUAAAUUAAACGUGAAUUGUGCCUAUUAUACAAAAACCCAAUUUGUUAAUGCCAUUGGAGAUUAGAAUAUUCGUGAGAGUAAGUAAAAGAUUGUCUUAAAGAACCGGCUCCCCCAUUGAUCCCCGUUGCCGGAAUCACGAGGAUUCUCGGCCCCUAUAUUGCCCCGCU